ACUUACACUUACAAAAGAAAAAACAAACAGAGAAAAAAAAAAAUGGAUUCGAGAAAUGAAAUUAACAACAGGCAAAAGGCAACAAGGACUCCAAAAGACCGCCAUGUGAAAAUUGGUGGCCUUGAUCGUCGCAUUCGUAUCCCGCCGAGUGUUGCUCCCCAAGUAUUUAGAUUGACAAGAGAACUCGGCUUCAAAACCGAUGGUGAAACAGUCGGUUGGCUCCUCCGUAAUGCCGAACCAGCCAUUUUCGCCGCCACGGGCCACGGCGUCAGCACCACCCCAAAUGAUGUUACCAACUCAAAUAGUAAUUCUCAGAUGAGUUAUACGAACUGUGGUAACAACUUCACCAUUAAUGGUGGUCAUAUAUCUUGUGUCAAUAACUUUUUCCGUUAUUCGAUCACAAAUACUGGUCAUCAUGAGAUGGUCUGUCCGGGUGCUACAGUGACAGAAUAUGCCGCUUCAUCUACUCUUCCGGCGAGAGAUAAAGAAGGUGUGUCGAGUCAGAAUCAAGAGCAGCAGCAACAACAGCCACAACCAGAGUUUGAGCUUGGUAAGGUGGAGAUGGCGGCGGAUGAGAAAACAUAUGUUUGGAGAGAGGAAAUGAGGAAUGAUUGACUGGUGACUUAGUUCGGUUGUGGUUGGUUGUAGUUUUGUUGGUUGCAUUUUUUUGGUUUCAUUAUGUUUUUUUUUUUUUUUAAUCAGUUUGGAGUCUUGAACUAGGUUCAGUUUAGUUCGGUUGUAAUUUUUUUUUUUUUUUUGGUUGGUUGUAUUCUCAUGUUUUUCAGUUAAGAUGAAUUUAAUAAUUAAAAUUAAACUGU